AUGAAUUCUGUCGCCCACAGUAUGGCCGAGGCUUCUCCAGCUAUCACGACUGCGUCUAUCAACCAACACCAACAACCACAACCACCGCCGUCCCCGUCACCUUCGCAACCGACCUCCGUAUCCGAAACCGCCCCAACGCCCUCUUUACCUUCAAUUUCUUCGCCUUCUGCUCAGUCUGCAUCGCUGCCUGCGGUUCUUGCAGCUGCAACAGCAGUCGCAUCCGUCUCCGCUCACUCGCUCCCGCAAAAUCCGGACGAGCUUCCUCCCCUCCGUCAGCCGUCGCCCACUUCGCCGGCGCAUUACACG